AUGAAUUUUAAUACAUACAUAAUUUGUUAUCAAUAUGCUGUAGGUAUUGGUCUGUCUCUAACCUUCUUGCUCCCGUUCACUGUGGUUGGUGAAAUGUUUGAAGAAAAAAGGGUUACCAUGGUUACUGUUGUCAGUGUAUUUAUAGGAGUCGGCAAUGUCUAUUUUCCAUUUCUGAUUUCCGUCUUGAACGAAGUAUUCGGUUGGAGAGGAACCUUCUUGAUUAUUGGUGCAUAUUUCCUCAACUGUGUUCCAGUUGGUAUCCUGAUUAUGUUUUUCAGGAAGAGGCGAGAACAAUUAGUUGGCAUACAGAAGACUGAUUUUAAAUCAUUGUUGAACUGUGAACCUGCUUUCUUGGUGGUUUCAUUGAAUUGUUUUAUUAUGACCAUUUUAUUCACAAUUCUAAAUACGUUUUUUGUUGAUAUGAUGAGAAGUCGCCAUUUUGAUGUUCAAGAUGGUCCUUUUUUAUUGUCUAUCAAUGGAUUUGCAAGUAUCGGAGGCAGAGUUUUACUAACUGAUAAAUCGCCAUUUUUGAAAUGCAAACGAAUGACAAUUUGGCCCCUAUUCCUUUUCUUGUGUUCGGUGACAGUUUUGACAUUUGCAUAUUUCGAAACCUAUAAUCAGUUACUUGUAAUCUGUAUUUUGUAUGGACUUUUUUGGGGCAGCUGUGCUGUACUUUAUCCUGCCAUUGUCAUGGAUAUUUCGGGACUGAAGAUGUAUUCAACUGCUCUAGGAUACAUCAAUUUUAUUGGUGGAGUUGCAGGAAUGUUCGGUGGCCCGCUUGCAGGUGAUACAUAUAUUUUGCAUUUCAUUGUUUGA